AUGACUGCUCACCCAGCUCUCGGCGCCCUGGGCUACACCUACUCGGCCAUGCGAGUCAUGCAGGGUAUCUCGCUCCUCACCAUCAUCGGGCUCGCUGCCAAUUUCAUCAGUGAGGCCGUUAAUGCUGGCUACCAUGCUCCAUCGGCUCUUGUCGGCACACUGGUUGUGGCAUGCUUGGCAGCCAUCUACAUCGCGAUCAACUACAUUCUCUACUGGGACUACAUGCUCCCCAUGCUCAUCGCCACGGGUGCCGACGCCCUGGUCCUGAUCAUGGUCAUCGUCGUUGCCGUCCUCGUCGGCAAGCCCGUCAGCUACCUCAAGUGCCACGAGUUCAGCGACAAGGGCAACACGGCUAACUUCAUCACGUCGGUGUACACCAACGCCAAGAACGCCAACAGCAACGUCUUCACCUGGGUCGAUCCCGACAAGACCGCCUGCUACGAGGUCAAGGCCGUGUGGGGUCUCAGCAUCGCGCUGUGCAUCCUCUUCGCCUUCUCGGCCAUCACCUCCAUCUGCCUCUGGCGCCGCCUGAAGCCCAGCACGGCGGCCGCCCCCAAGGACGUCGAGCAAUGA